UCCAACAUCUCUGGGAAAAAAGAAAUUGAACUUUCAAGUUCCGCUUAAGUUUCCUCAAAACAAUGUGGCAGGGGUACCUUUACUUUAUAUUUAGUUGAUGAUCCAAAGUACUAUAUUUGCUCGAAUUAUUUUGCGGGAAGUCCCGGAUUGGAUUUACUUUCGCUUUGAUUUUCUAAAGCUCAGGACGAGCAAAGGCGACUUGAACCUUCCGAACAUAUUGACAAAGCCGAUUUGGGUUUAUUUUUGCUGCUCAGCGAUUAGAUUUGGAUUCCCAAGAAACAUGGAUGGGACAGAUGAUAUGAUCUCUGAAUCCAUGAUGUUACCUCAGAUUGAACCAAACCGGAAACGAAAGUGCCCGUGCUCCAAGUCCACCUUUGGCUGGAUGACUUCCAUAAUUAUGUAUUUACUCCUUUUACUGGCUGAAGUAGUGGUUACUUUCGCUUUCAUUUAUUAUUUUGGAAAAAAAAUAUCGCCCGUUUUCACAUCGGCAAGCUUAACAGCCGCAAAUGUAUCAUCAAGCACCAAAAAUCCCUCUCACAUAUUUGAAAUACAGCUUGUGCUCUACUUAGGUGGAACAAAGACUUACUCCACAUUGAUAAUGGCCCUAAAUUGUUUAGACACAGUGAACUGUUGGAUCUUUCUCGGAGCAGUUUUCAAAUCUCCGCAUUUCACCGGCUUGUGCCCUCUGAUAAAAAAUCUUAUUCGUUUGCCAAGAUUCUGGACCUUAAUAUUUAUAUUUGUGCUCUAUGUUACAGGAAAUGUUAUUGAGAGCGCAAGUUCCUCACUUGUCGCAUCCGUUUACAAAUUUAGAGCUAUGAUAGCGGUUGACUUUACGUUCUCCCUGAAUGCAUUCUUUGUGACAAUGACUCUUGGAGCUCUGAACGUAACGAAAGUCCGCCAUAUGGCACCUAGGCAAGUGCACUUAAUAUUUAAGGGGGCCCUGAUUGUCUUCUGCUUUCGAUUGCUUGUAUAUUUGAUUAUUACAAUAAUAUACCUAACUGUAAUCUUAUAUUUGAUCGCUGGAGUGAAGGAUAGCUAUUGGCGGAAGGGAGGCACGUUUAUAAACUGUAUUAGUAGUUUUCUUUUUUUGCCGUUUUACAAAAAAGGAACUGAACUUGCGUGGACAAAAAUUCUUCGUGAUGACAAGAACAUUAUAGGGAAAAUUAGAGGCCCUGAGAGACAAGACAUUGUUUUAGACAGUGGCAUCUAGGCUGAAAAUCAUCAAUAGCUUUCUCUUCAGCAGUCCGAAGAAGCAAUGGGUUCUGUAGCUCUACCUUUUAGCAAUAAUACUGUAAUAGCAUUUGAUUACUGGGGAAACCAAUAUGAAAGUGACAUGUUGCUACAUAUCAUUGCCGUUAGCUUCAGUCUGUAAGUUAGAGUUCUUACCGUAAAAUACCAACAACUUGCCCAGCCGAUAAACAAUACGUCGCUUAUUUUCCACUUGACUGCAGAGGAUAACGAUUUAAACUUUAAGACAUCAUGAAUCGAGAGCAACCGAUGACGGUCCUCUUUUCAAAUGUAGCUGGCCAUAAAUCAUCUUAUUCUGGAAAUCAAAGACAACGAACCUGCAGUCUUUCAGCACAAGGGGCAACAUCGAAAUACCUCUUUACGGUGCACUGCAGAUCAGAUAAAAUUAGACCGAGGCCACUGAAGAUCAAAUUAAUUAUCAGAAACUUUUCCAACCGUUGAAUACGAGCGCUCGCAGUACUGGAAGCAGUAAUUUGAGCACGAGUGGUAGUUAUAAUAGAAGCAGUAGUAAUAAAAGUAAGGCCAUUUAUUCCACUUGUAUGUAUCUUUCGGUAUUUAGUGUGAUAUAAUUACUUUUAAAAAUAGUAGAAAACCAAGCUGAUGGAGUGACAGUUCUUGUUAUAAGUGCUCAGUCUCCCAAUCAUUUUAAAUUCUGAGAUCUAAAUAGGAGUGAUGAAUCAAUGUUUGUGAAUAAACAAAAAUCAUGUUUGUGAAGUGUGGUUAGAGAAAUGAUUAUGAGAGUGUUCAUCGUAGUAAUCACGUCAAGGGCUUAUUACGAAGUAACAUGAUGACCAGCUCCCAGUUGGCUUAACUUGCAACUUGUUAGCUCAGUUAAUAGAGCACUACACCGGUAUCGCAGGGGUCAUGACUUUAAAUCCCGUACAAGCCUGAAUUUUUUUCAGACCUUAUUUUUACCACUGCUUAAAUGUAGUGUUCAUUACUGCAAAGAUCGCUCUCAUAUUCAAUUCUCUCACAGCAGUUCAAAUAAAUGAUUUUUUUCAGAAAUCCACAAAUAUUGAAUUUGAGAUCUGUUCAUGUUGUAAGACGACAGUUAAGCCUUGUUAUCGAGAUGUAGUCAGUCGUAAAAGCCGAAAUGUUGAUGGCCAAGCUAAAACAUUUCGCAUUUUAAGUCGCAAUGUCUCCUUGACACCGGUAUCGCAGAGGUCAUGGGUUCAAAUCCCGUACGGGCGUGAAUUUUUUUCAGGCCUUAUUUCCACUACUAUAUAAGCAGGGUUUAUUACUGCGAGGAUUGCUUUCUUACGUACAUUUCAGAGAAAGCCGCUGUACACAUGCACGUUUUCCAUAUAUUCAAAUUCAUUAGUUCUGACUAUCUUUUUCAUACGACUGCUUGUAAAUUUGAUAAUUACAUAUUAAUUUCAUCUGGCUGUAAUUUUCUACUCAUAAGCUAAAGCAAAGAAAUAUUUGCUAAAAUAUAGUGCUGUUCUAAUGUAAGCAUGCUUUUAUACCUACAACCCCGGACAAAACUGUUGAGACAUUUCAAUGCAAUUUUUAAUUUCCCGCCAUGCAACAAUCGUUUCCAAAAGGAACAAACUUGCCCCCCUCCCCACCCCUGGUACAAUGUUGUUGGGGCUUAACAGCUCAAGCAUGCCUUUCUUGUGUUACCGAGAACAACGGUGCAGUAAGGGAGGGGGGAAACAAUCUUUGAAUUUGCGACGGUAAGCAUUUUUGUCAGGGUGAGUGCAAAAAAUAGGUAUUUUUGUAAUGUGUCUCAACAGGUUUUGUCCGAGGUUGUACCAAUCUACAAGAAAGCAACUGAACUUAUUAUAACAAAGAUUAUCCUUAAACAUAACUGUAUCAUUGGCAAGUUUAAGAGUAACAGGAGACAGAAUAUUGAUCCAAAAAGUGUCAUAAACAUUGGUUAUUUUAGUAUAAUGGUUUCUUAAUUGCGGAUAUUUUUUAAUUAAGCAACCCAGAACACAACUUGAUCGUCGAUUGUCGUCGCUCGUUAAGAGCGAAUAGAAGAGCGUGAAAAAAAUAGAGGAUGGGAUAGGAGAUUAGAAGGCAAUAUCUCUUCGAAAUUGAUAAAACAAAUUAUUACUUCCAUGUGCUAAUACCUGCUGUGCAAACUUGUUACAAGAUUGGCUUUCCUUAUUUAUAAAGAUUGAGAAAUGAGUACCUUGACAGGCGAAAAAAAGGGAAAACGCCUCCGUUCAGACAGUACCUGACGGAUCGAGGUCUCCCAAUAUCUUUUAUUCGGAUUUUGAAGAUUAUUUUUCAUUUGACUCGUAUGUUUUUGUAAGAAUCUUUUGGUGAAUUGUUCGCUGCCAAAGCGGUAAAGCAAUGACAACUAGGUUAAAAAGUAACCAUGGUCUUUUCAAGUUAAGCAGUUAAAGAAACAAAAAGUAAAAAUGCUGUGGAAAAAUUGCAGAGUGGAAAGGUUUUCCGCGAAGCUCAGAAAAAGGGAUUGAAACAUUCAAAUAGUAAUCAAUGGCAGCAGAAUUACAAAGCAUGUUCUUUGAAAAAGAGUGCAAAGCUUACUCCUUCCUCCUUUUUUUUUAAACCGAAGAUACACACUGAUGUAUUCAAAAUAAAGGUUAUAUCUUAUUCUCUUGUCAUUUCCCAUGCAAGGGACGGAUCCAGGAUUUGAAUAGGUCACAAGAAAUGUCUUCUCCACGCUCUAUCGCACUUGUAAAUGAUUGGUGCAUCUCACUUUCUAAAGUGUUCAAUUAUUUAGAAGUGCUCUAUGGUACAUUGCGUAGAUUAAACGAGAGUCGUCAUUUGGGGUCAAGUGGACUUUCUCACAAGCAGAAGAUCAACAAACUAGUAGCUACAUACAUAGCGUGAAUGAUUUCGUUCUAUCUUCUUCAAAAACUUAAUUUUUAAUAUGUUGCUUAUAGUUAUGAGGUGGUUUAAGUUUUAUAGAAGGUAGUUAUUUUUGAAAAGAGCAAUAGAAAUUGUUUAACAGGUUGAAGGUUCUUGUCUAAAAAGACUCAUUUCUACCCCACAUCCAUGAUCAAUCUCGGAUACUAACGAUAUUUUUAGUUCUGGUUAUUGCGAAAAGAAGUUUGAAAAGCUCAGCAGUGGCUUACAUGUGUAUUUAUAAGAAAAGAAAGAGACUGACUUAGCGUG